UAUAUAACAGGAUUCACCUGGUAUGUUUCUAACAGGACUUGUAUACAUUCAUUACGGGAUUAAAAUUUUAUCUUUGCUGAAAGGUCUUGGAUUUACAUCUUGUUUAAAUUUGUAUGAAAUAAAAUCUUCGAUCAAUAGAAAUUUUUUAUAUGAGAGGACGUUUAAAGUCGUGAUUUGAUUUUCCACUUAAGAGAAAAAAAACAUAUUGUAGAAACUGUAUCGAGCGGAAGCAAUAAUAUAACGGGAGUAUAUUGAAACAUUUUGAAUUGAAUAUGUAAGUGAUAGACAGAAUUAACAAACACACAGUGGUAUCAUAUUCAGAUAUAACUUUAAAAUCUCAAUUGCAUUAGUUGACUGUAUAAGAGAAAAAUUUGAAACUGCAAUAGUACUGACACAAAGACUGCGAAAAAGCCAAAAGAAAAUUACACCUUGAAACUACAUGAGAGAAGUUAUCUAUACAGUUGAGAAUAAGGAGAAACUUCGUCUUAGUUGGAAGUGGUAGAUCCUUAUUUAGUUUGAAAUUCAGGAAAAACUUCGGGAUGAACAACCACAACCAUAGUCCGUCAUCGUCAUGUGGUAAACUGAUUCCGAUGUCUUGUGUUUCGUCUUUCUAUGAACUGUCAGCAGUACUUUCUAACGGUAAAAUGGAACAGUUUUCUAAGUAUGAUGGGAAAGUUACAUUGGUAGUCAACAUGGCGAGCUGUGAUAAGAAUACUAAAAAAGAAUUAUUACAGCUGAAUGAACUUGUCAGCACUUGUGGAACAAGAGGACUUGUGGUUCUUGUGUUUCCCUCUAAUCAACUAGGAAAACUGGAGCCACUGGAGAACACAGAAAUGUCACCGUUCUUCUACUAUGUACGACCUGGAUCAAAAUUUGAGCCAAGAUUCGUUUUGUUUUCAAAAGUUUUAGUAAAUGGAUCAGAUUGUCAUCCGAUUUAUGAAUUUUUGAAAAUGAAACAGCCGUAUCCAGCAGACGACGACUGUCAAAUCUCGCGAGAUCAUACAUUUAUUUGCUGGGAUCCCGUUACGCGUCAUGACGUUAGUGGAAACUAUGAGAAAUUCAUUAUAUCGCAUGAUGGAAUUCCAGUGAAACGUUAUACACAAAAAGCAUCUUUCGAACAAAUCAAACGAGAUGUAGAAAUACAACUUAAACGAAUACCAAAGCAGCCAAAGGAACAUCUUCAUGUCGUUCAUCACUGAUUAAUUAUUUAUGUAUAUACAUGUGAAACAGAAUAUUGAGAAAUUCGUGGAUAUUUUUAUACUAUCGUUUAAUAAUUAUAUACCUCGACAAUAUUACGUAUGCAUAGACUUUGGCCAAAGUCUUUUUCAUAAUGACAAUAUUACCAUGCAAUAUAUUUUUACAGACUAUAUUUUUUUACAAAAUAUAUCAUCGGCUUCAUAGAUACUUUAAAGAUACAGAGACUUUUUUUAACGAAUUCGUUAAAAAAACAUAUUUAUUCUACAUACUUCGGUAGUUAUCUGUUAGGAUUGACAAUGUUCAAUCUGUCAUUCAAUAUCAACCUAUUUUUGUUAUAAAACAAUAAACUAAUCAUAUGAUA